AUGUCUCAAACAACACUUACCACGUUUUUUAAUAGUAGAAAGAGACCUGCAACAGAAGAAAUAGUAAAUUCCAAGAAUAAAAUUGCUCAUAUUGAGCGUCCGAUAGAUAUAGGAACUAAAUCAAUUCGUAAAUCUAGAAAUUGCGAUUUAAAACAGUCACCUGUUUUAUCCGUCGAAUCAAAAACAGAAAAUGUUAAGAAAACUGAAAUCACACAUCAAACUUCUACACCAGAUAGUCUGCCAGGUCAAUGUAAAAAUUUAGCUACAUUUGCGAAAAAAGUAAAUGCUAAAAAUGUGAUGAAUGAGGAACAUAAAAGCGAAACUUUAAGUUUAGCUAGAAAAGAAUUAAGCCUCGGUGAUAUCAAAAAGAAGUUAGCUGGAAGUAGUAGAUUAGCCGAAUUAAGAGCUACAGCAAACCGGCUCAGUAAAGGGAUACAGCAGUUAAAGGAAUCUACAGAAAAGAAGAAUCUAAAGGAGUUCAAAUCUAUUGAUGUGGACGUGCCUCAAAGUCCAAGUAAGAAAUCAGCAAUACGCAGUGAGUUGUUAUCACCAACAAAGAGUGCAAGUGUAGAGGUUACUUCCCAAAGACCUUUAAUAUCACCUAGAAAAGUUGUGGUUAGUCCAGUUAAAAGUCCUAAUAAGGUACCUGCAUACAUACGGCAUGCUUCAUUAGCAUCUUCUACAUCUUUGCAAUUACCUCAUCAUUAUAGAUUCCUAGCUGAAUUGUUUCGAGGCAUGGAAACUGUUGUGGCAUUGCUCUAUAACAGAAAUGAAAAAAUUACCUUUAAUAAACUGAAACCAUCUAUUCAAGAGAUGCUUAAAAGAAGCUUUACUGAGAAACACUUAGCACAAAUAAAACAUUUAGUACCAGACUUCUACAAUUUUGAAAUACAGAAAAUUAAAAACUUUAGUGCAACCUCACAGAAGGAAGCAUUUGAACUAAUAAUAUCUCCAAAUUUCCCUAAUGACAUUAAAGUUAUGAAUCCAAGUGUUCUCCUAGAAAGGAGACGAUAUUUCUAUGACACAUUGUUGCAGCUAGUUAAAAAAUACCAUGCCCAAUUUUUGGCUACUCUGGACCCUCCAAUUGAAAUACCAGACAAAAAACUGGUCCGUUGGCACCCUGAAUUCGAACUAGAAAAGAUUCCGGAAGUAGACAGUGCAAAAUUGCCUGAAAUGCCUAAUGCUGAAAAAUUCUCAUCGGCACAAGAUGUAUUAGCUAAAGCCAGAGAGUUGUUUAAAUGUAAUACAAAAAUGGAAAGAGCAUUAGAAAAACUUGCUCAAGCUAAAGCAAGAGGAUUGACAGAUCAAGAAAAGGUUGUAACAGGUAUCAAAGAUGCACUGAAAACUCAUAAUGAAACUCAAACAAGUGAACCAAAACCAUCUACGAGUGUUCAAAUACUCAAUCCUGCCCUACGCAAUUUGCCAGCUGCACUGUUAGAGAAAGUCAAAGCAAAACAAGCCGCAAAGGCUUUGGAAGCCAUGACAAGAUCAAAUGAAAAUGAGCAAAAGUAUUUAGUAUAUAGCCGUUUGCCAGACCUUGCUAGGACUCUAAGGAAUAUAUUUGUGACUGAAAGGAAAAAUGUUUUAGCAUUAAAUGUUGUUCUUUCAAAAUUAGACAGUAGUUUCAAGUCAAACGUAUCUGCUAACGAUUUACAUAAAGACAUUAAAUUAUUGACUGAAGAAGCUCCAGAAUGGAUUAAAAUACAUGAAAUUCGAAACACUUCAUACUUAAAACUAGAUAAAAACAAAGAUCUUAAGGGAACUGUACCGGCUUUGGAGUAUGACCAAGGAAAAGGAACCUUUGAUAGUAAUAUCAUACAUGUCUAUCUUUAUGAAAAAUAUCCUGAAAUCCCUCUUCAAUCAACUGAUCCAUUAAGAAGAGCUCAGGAUAAAAUGCUUGUUGAGCAGUUUGCUGGUGUAAGUCAACAU